GCGCCAACAAAGCGCGCAUGUGCAGCUCGACCAAACGACAGAGAGAGCGAUGGCGUCGACGACGAAUUACAGCGGCUUCACCCAGGCCAGUGCCCAACAAGCGUACAGCUCAUAUGCUGCUCAGCCUGCUCAGGGAUACGCGCAAACGGCACAGCAGGGAUAUACUCAGCAGGACUACAGUUCAUAUGGCCAGCCUGCUGCAACUGAGUCUGCAUAUGGACAGACUGCGCCCUCCGCUGGAGGCUAUGCGCAGCAGCAGUAUGGAGCCUCAUAUGGGCAAUCGGCCGCACCAGCUGCAUAUGGCACUGCCCAGUCUGGAACUCAGGCAUACACCCAGUCUGCUCAGGGCUACGGGACUGCCGGAUACACUAGUUCCACUGCGGCCCCUGCUGCGCAGGCGUCCUAUGGCAGCCAGCCUGGCUACGGCACUCAGCCUGCCUAUUCCGGAUACAGCCAGCAGCCCGCCGCCUCCGCUGCUCAGAGCUACAGUGCUACCACCCAGCCCGCAUACACUCAGGCAGCCUACUCCCAGCAGGGGGCAUACCAGGGGCAGCAGGCUGCCUACGCAGGACAGCAGCAAGCCAGCUAUGCAGCGGGCCAGCAAACUCCGUCUGCGGCCUACCCUCCGCAGGCUAAUGGCUCCUAUGCGCAGGGUCAGCAUGGCCAGUACAGCCAGCCUGGUGCACCUCAAAGCUACGACCAGUACAGUGCUUACAGUCAGGGUGGUGUGAGCGGUGGGUAUCCUGGCUCUCAGCAGCCCCCGGGCCGUGGUGGUUACCCAGGAGCAGGUGAUUCCUCUGGACCGGGUCGAGACUCCUACGACAGGGGCGGCAUGCGAGGAGGGCCCCGGGGCCGUGGGCCGAUGGGGCGUGGAGGAAUGGGCAUGGCUGGGGACAGAGGUGGCUUCAGUAAGCCUGGUGGACACAGGGAUGGAAUGGACCACGAAAUGGGCCAGCAGGAUGACUCUGAGAACAGCACCAUCUACAUCACUGGACUUACUGAGAAGGCAACACUUCCAGAAAUGGCUGACUUCUUCAAGCACUGUGGCCCCAUUCGGAUAAAUCGCCGUUUAGGCCAACCAGCCAUCAACAUCUACACAGACAGAGAGACGGGCAAGCCGAAAGGAGAUGCCACUUUGUCCUACGAGGAACCUCAGGUUGCCAGAGCUGCCGUGGAGCACUUUGACGGUAAGGAGUUUCAGGGUAGGAGGCUGAAUGUGUCCAUGGCUCGGAGGAAGAACGUGCCAGGAGGGAUGCGUGGAGGCAUGCCCAUGAGAGGAGGCCCUGAUCGUGGAGGUAUGAUGGGACGAGGAGGAGAUAGAGGUUUUCCUCCCCGUGGAGGUCCCAGAGGCGGCAUGGGCUGGAGUGGACCGCCAGGGGCCAACAAUGUCCCGAAGAGGGCAGGAGACUGGGAGUGCCCAAACCCUGGCUGUGGGAACCAGAACUUCUCCUGGAGGACUGAAUGCAACCAGUGCAAAGCUCCAAAGCCCGAAGGCCUGGGACCCCCUGAAGGUGGCGAUCGUGGCCGUGGUGGUAUGGGCCGCGGGGGCAGAGGGAUGGACCGUGGGCACCCUGGCAUGGGCGGCCCUGGGGGCAUGCGAGGAGGCUGGGGAGGUGAUGGAGGCUUCAGGGGCGGCAGAGGGAUGGACAGAGGAGGAUUCAGAGGAGGCCGAGGCGGACCCCCUAUGGACCGUGGGGGCAGGAGAGGAAUGGGCCCCCCAGGGAAGAUGGAUGGGAGGGACCACCGUCAGGAGCGCAGAGACAGGCCCUACUGAAGCGCCUCCCAUGCCGGCAGCGAGGAGCCUGUGUAAAGGAGUGUACUUUUAAAAUGGUCUUUUAAUUUGCGUGUCCAUAUUUAUAUAUGGUUAUCAGAUCUGUGGCACAUGUUUUUUCUUUUUUAUAGCCGUUUCUUUAGGAGUUUAGUUUUACUGCUUUUAGUUAAGCAUAGUUGUUUUGCUUUUUUCUCACUGUACAAUGCCCCAUAUUGUCAGUUGUAUUUUGUACUGGACAUUUUCCUCCCUUUCCACACCAUCACUGUACCACACGGACGACUUUUUUCAAAAUAAACUUUUCGACUUGA